CUCGAAUAAACCCCCAUCCAAAAAUAUCAAAAACAGAUAGCCCCCCAGGGGGCUAAUUCGAGGAUUUACGGUAGUACCAUCAUGCAAUAUGUGAUCUGAUGAAGUCUUCUGUUAACCAGCUUGUUGUAUAGUAGAAGAUGUCGUAUAAACAGAACAGUGUACCCUGUUUCACAAAGAACCUUUGAAUAGAAGUAGAAGCUUGGAGUAAAGUAAAGCUUGGAGUAACGACUGCCACCGUACUUUACACACCAAAGCAUAUGACGAGAUUUAGGCAUUUAAAGAGCUUGACUUCAACAACAAGAGUAUAGUCUGCUAGGUCCUUAACCAACUUGCUUUCUUAAUCUGUUUUCUUAUCACAGAAUACUUUUUCUUGAAAGAAUGCCUUAUCAAAAGAAUCAUAUUGUUUCAAGUAAUUUCAAGUUUAUGCGCCUCUUUUAGAGAUUAUGUUUUCAUAGAAUGAUUAAUUGAGGAAAUAAUAAUUGCAUAAAUGCAGCAUUGCGAAUAUUGAUAUCAAAUAUUUGUUAUUGAUUUUCUGGAAGAGCUUUGCAGAAAUAGCAUUUUCAUGAAUCCUUAAACUUUGAUCAUCAAAUUAAAAAUUUUCUUUCGAAUCUUGUUCCGGAAAUAUCUUUAGCUAGUUUAAUACCAAAUUACUUUUUCGAUAUUUAUUAUCUAUCAUUCAUCAUUUCCUUUGUUUAGACAUCAAAACUUGUAAGAAUUGGAUACAUCAUCAAACAACACGAGAUGAGUCUUAAAACUAUUUUUUAGCAGGACUGAAUACACAAAUUACUGGACUGAAAAGCUUUCCAAGCAUUUUCUACUGAGACGGUUUCAAAACCAUAAAUGCAAUAAUUAAAUGCAUAAAUGCAAGAGAAUUCAAGAUUUUAGAAUGGCAUCCGUAAUUGCAAACACUACAGCCUGAUUCAAGCUGCGUUUUGUUGAAGCUAAUGCAUUUUUGGCUUUUAGCUUAGUAUUUCUUUUGUUUAAUGGUAUUGGCGCUAGGUUUGGCAACAAAAUCACCCGAGCUUGCAUCAAAAUUUAGGCAUCGAUCCUACCAACGAUGUAGCACACAGUGUUUAAUGGUAUUGGCGCUAGGAAGGCAACAAAAUCACCCGAGCUUGCAUCAAAAUUUAGGCAUCGAUCUUACCAACGAUGUGGCUAGACGAACCUGCCAGGCAUCUUACGUAAAUUAAUUCUGUCAAGAAGCAAUUCAUGAAAUUCAGUUUCAAAAGCCUCACUUCUUCACUUUCCCUAUUAACCUCAUGAGAAAUAACGAUUCGAACAGAGAGUCGCAAAUUCUGAUAUUGAAAAGAGAUUUUAUCUUAUUUUGAGAUUAGUCCAAUGAACUUGAUAUAGGAUACUUUGCUGAGGUAAAGUGGAUUAAAUUUUAGAAACUAAUGAUUCACCUCGCCAUUGGGGGAUUUUCGCAAAUAAAGACAGCUGCUUUGCACGAAUGGUGGCAGGUCUAAUCAUAUAAUCACUGCCAUUGCUAAGAGCUACUAUCGAUGUUGCCGCAUUUGAGCUCGAUUCAAAUUCUCAAUUCACGUUUGAAGGAGUAACCGUGGUAGAAAUAUCCUAAAUGGUUUGAAGAUAUGCUUGCACAGGAUGGAGAGUGAAUUUCUGUGAUUUGGCAUCGGUAAAUGGCAAUGAUCUCAUUUCUACAGAUACCACAGCCCCUAGAAAUAAACCAACACAAGAGAUAAGGAAGCAUUUACAUACUCUACAUCGCUGUUAAUAUUUUGCCAAGGUUUAUUUUCUUUGAAGAAACCAGAAGUUUUUCUCAGAGAAACUGCACUACUGUAUGUUGGAUCAAUCCUUCAAGGAAAGCCACAUAAAUUCGUGUUGUUUGUUAUUGUACAAGGGUUUUGAAAGAGCUUCAUAUGAACAAUUCAGGCGGCAUUCUGGUGUAUAGAGGAAUCGGCGGCCAGCAAGGUAAUUACAAACUGAAACUUAACUGUCUAAUCUGAAGCAAAUUCAAUAUAUUUUCAUUCUUAUCCGAGGCUUGUUCAAAUAUUGGAAAACAAGAAUCGAUUGUUUUUACCAAUUCACGUCUAUCGUGAUCGCAACGUUUCGCCAAUACACCCUUAUCAAAGGAAAAUAAAGAUUUCGCUCACUGUCCAUAUGUUGUUUGGAUGAAAGCAGUAUCUUUACUGAGAACUGCGGAAACAUUUUUAGAAAUAAUGACACACUGAGUUGUGUUGUAUCCAGACGACUCCGUGCAAAAUGCCACUAAACCGAGAAGAUUUGAGGAAAACAAGGGAGAACUCCCUAAACUCGAGUGCUGUGCUGUAUUCUAGACCACGCGAGGUUCGUAUUGACUAUGCUCCAGUUAAGAAAGAGCGAGAUACAAGGAGAGAUUCGAGGACUUCGCAUGUAUCACACGCCAGUUCUAUGCUUCAAGGCUACGGUUGUCGCUGUCCUCCCGCAUUAAAACAUUUUAUCAAAUAUAUGUGGAUACUUGUGUUGCUAGUCUAUAUAUUCGUGAUGCCCUAUCUCAUAUCGAUGUUGCACAAGAAAGUGACAUACUGUGAUGAAAAAUUGAAGAGUCUCGAAAAGAAGUGGUCGAAACAUUCCCAUUCGAAAGCCGUAACUACUAGACAGGCGAAACAGGAGAAAAUUCGCGAAACCAAGGAACCGAUAACCAUGGAUCAUCACAAAUACGCGAAAGCAUCGGAAGAAAGAAAGGAAUUACGGCAUCGCCUUGAUUCUCUUUAUAAAAGGGUGAAUAGUCUUUCUGAUUUUGAGAAGAAGAUCUGCAAUGCUACAGUCAACAGUCAGCUGUUCAAAAAUAUUUCUUACAACUUGAGUUGCCCUGUUGGACCAACUGGACCACCAGGAGCUCCAGGCAGGCCUGGUUCGUCAGGAAAAGACGGGAUUCCUGGUCUUCAAGGACGACCAGGAGAAAAAGGAAUAAGGGGAAACAGGGGACCAAGAGGUCAACGAGGACAGCCAGGAAUAAAUGGAACUUGUGACUGUAAGACAGAAAGAGCUCUCAGCCAAAGAAGUGCUGUUUAUACUCGUUGGGGAAGACAAGAUUGCAAUGGUUCAAAUCUUGUUUAUAAAGGCUACAUUGGCGGACCACAUCAUAACGAUGAAGGUGGAGGUUCUAAUUACCUGUGUGUACAUGAAGCACUAGAUCCAUAUUCACGAAAAACUACUUCGCAAGAAGACAGAGCAUUCCUUUAUCAUGUCGAAUAUGAAACACAUGCAGGUAUUUUUAAGAUGAAUUACAAUAAAACGGGUAGGAAUUAUUUCGAUGCCGUUUGCUCCGUUUGCAAUAUCAAGGGCCGCGACACCGUGCUCAUGAUCCCAGGUCGACACUCGUGCCCAGCUGGUUGGACCAAGGACUAUGCAGGCUUUCUUAUGGCUCCAAAAAAGGGGCUUUUCAGAGCAGAAUAUAUUUGCGUUGACGAGCGUCCAACAAUCAUGCCUGACCGAUUGUCUAGAAAUGGCGGAAUGUUAAAUUUUGUGGAUACGAGCUGCUCAGCACUGCCUUGUUCACACUCGCGGUCUUCAAAGAGUUUCAGGAAGGAUUUUGAGGUUACCUGUGUAGUUUGCAGUAUUUAGGGAAUUUAUUUAUUGUUUUGAAUUAAGAUAAAUCUAGAUGCGAACUAACAUAAAAGUUAUCAGCUUGCUGCUAUAAAUGUGGUUACAGACCAAAAGAAAACAUGGGUAUUGAAGGCACGAUGGAACCUGUCACGGUUCUUAUGUAUUUGGAAAAAGUGGUGAACCCUUUCUGGUGGCUGUUUUCCCAGAGAAGGCAAUCUACCUUCAUUCUCAAGAAACUAUCGACUGGCAGCCGAGAAAUGACCAAAAACAAUGUAACAAUAGAGUACCAUUGGGCAUUUUACAUCGUUGUAUAAAUACAUUUAAUUUAACAGAACCUUACUAUUUGUAUCAUAGAGAAUUGAAUGGCUAGA